AGUUCUAUUUGGUCGCACAAAGUCGUUGGAAGCUCCUCAAAAAAUGCUGCAAUCGGGCAAAUUCAUUAUAUUACUGGCUAUUUUCCUAGCUGCUCAGGAAAUUUCAGGAGAAAUUUCUAGGGAGGAGCGGAAUUCAGCUGAACCGCCCAAAUGUUACAGCUGUGAAGGAAUAAAUUGCUUGAGAACCACUCGUCAAAACGCCACCGUUAGCUGUUCCGAUAAAUUGGACGUUUGCGUUACCAUUUAUGAGGAUUUUGCUGUUAGCGAGCGCGGAUGCUUUUCUCAGAUCUCUUUGGCCGCUCAGGCAAAAUGUGCGGCCAAGGACGAUCAAUGUCAAAAGUGCAGUGGACAACUGUGCAAUAAUGUGGGACGCAGGGAUUUCAAAUGCAUUCAAUGCAUUGGUUCUGAUUCAGCUGCCUGUAACACGGGAGCCACUGCCUCCCUUGCCGCCACCCAAUGUGGUCUCCCCACCUCCGCAAAUUCCUACUGCUAUGUCAAGGUCGUUGGCGAUCAGAAGGACAGCCUACAGAGAGGAUGUGCUCUUUCUGUCAAGGAGCAAAAGGCGUGUCUGGAGGAUUCGGAAUGCUCGCUGUGCCUGCCGGAGAACUCCAGUGAUUCAGUGGCCUGCAACAAUUUCGACUUGGAAUUGGGAUUGAAGUCGGCAGCUGAGCAAAGUAGAAAACUCAUGAGCUUCGGCUUGGCUUUCUUUGCCUUGCUCUCGCUUAAAUUGCUGAAUUAAAUUUUAAAUAAAUAUAUGAAUAAAGCGAAUAAUCACUUGUUUACAAUAAA